AUGCCUGUACUUCAAAAUAUUAAAAAAUAUAUCUGCUGCGGGAAUUCAGCGCAAGAUUCGGAUGACAAUAAAACUUCUACAAUAAAAUUAAUUGAAUUGAAUCUUGAGAGAUCUCUUGCUUCAAAUGCGCCAGAUUCAAAUGCUUUGGAAACUUCUGCAUCUAUUAUGCAAAACGACCCUGAUCUCGAGCAAACACCUACACCAAAUGGGAUAGGUUCGAAUUUCGAUAAUAUUUCUACUCCAAAUG